UUAGACGAAAUGUGAAGGAGAGUAGCGGAUCGGACAGCCUCAGCGGCCUUUUUAGUCCGUUUCCGAGUUCUGCGAGAGGCUUCUUCCAGCUGAACGUUACUAAUUGGGAUGUGACCGUGGGACAAAGUACAUAUUUGUAGUGGGACAGAUGUGUGCUGCCCGAGAGUAACGUCUAAAUGGAGUGGCUUUUCCGCUGCAGAAUCGAUACAGCUGCAGGAUCUAUCCAGCGGCACGCAGACCUUCACCACUGCGGGGAAUCAACGGUCGGUAACGUUCUGUUCUAUCAGGCUUAACGCACAAACCCUGGACCAUUGGAGGACUUCAGGAACCUCAGUCAUCUGGAAGUGGCCCUUUCAUCACUCUAAAGCCACUUUUGGUAGUUGAGCAACAUUGUGCAACUUUUAAUCAGACAUGGUGGGCAGGUUAAACUUGCCAAAUCUAUGUGACACCGAUCCACUGGGUAUGAGCUGUAGGGCGGAAAGAGUCCUGGAUAGUCCCGACUCGGGGCUCCCCCCCAGCCCCAGCCCAAGUGCCUGGCUGCUGCCCCUCUCCACUGAUAAAGGGGGCAUGAGUCCGGUGUCUGAAGAUGAAGGCAGGGAUUUAUGUAUCAUGCCUCCAAGUUUACGUGUCGGAUCUUUCCCUCGGCGGCAUCCGUUGUCCUAUGGAGAGGGAAUUGAGCUUGACCCCCUGCCACCGAAGGAAAUAAGAUACACCUCGUCGCUGCAGUACCACUCGGAGCGGCACUUCAUCCAGGACGUGUCCAUGCAGCCGGGCGUCCAGGGCCUAGAGCUCUGCAGCCAGACGGUGAUGGCCCUGCCCCACAGCACCUGGCGGCGCUACAAGACCAAGCUGGACUUCCAGCAGCGCCAGCACAGCCAGCGCUUCCGGAGCACCAUCAUCGUGUACCCCAAGCACGCCCACUCAGUGUACACAACGGAGCUGAGCUACGACUGCCAUAGGCUUGCCCGGCGCUUCCUGGCCAGUGUGGAGCUGGAGGCGGUGGACCGCACGUGUCGACUCCCCCAGUGAGGACGUGACGGCCGUGUGUUGUUCCGGAGGAGGACCUUGUGUGUGCCUUUUGUGUGUUUGAUUUGAUGGAAGGAAGGAAGCCCGAGUGGGUCCCUCUGAUGGACUUGCAGGGGGGUCGGGCACUGUGUACAGAUGAACAGGAACUCUUAUGUUCUGGAUUGUCGUCCGGGCGCCGUUGUUGCCCUGUGGUCAAUGUUCUUAACUUGUAGACACUAGUUUAAUUAUACUUCAAAUACGUGUACAGUGAGUCCAAGAUUUUGUUUAAAAGGAUGUUAAUGUUGAAGUAUUCAGAAGAGGAUGGAGGAUAUGGAAUGUUUUAAAAUACAACUCAAAUAUUAUAUAUUACAUCUUCAGUAUUCAAACAAAUCUUGUACGGUUGGAUGAUGAUUGUAGGCUGGGUUUGCAUAUUGCGAGUCACACAUACUAAUGAACGUACACAUAGUGCGUUGCAAAUAACACUGCACAACAUGAACAAAAUCCCAUUUGUUGAAUUAUGUUCGCUCUUAGUUCAUAGUUUUUCGGUCAGAAGUGAGCUUGCAGGCACUUAUGUUGGAUGAACAUCAGCGGAAACAAACUGCUGAAGGAGAAACCUAUUAAUUUAACCUAAUGUGUCCAUUUUUACUGAGAAGGAAAGACAAAUCAAACAAGCUAGAUUACUGUUGACCUGAUCAGAGUAAUGUUGAUGUAUUUAUUCUCUACACAUGUACUUUACUAAAGGUUAUUGACUACCGAAACAGGCCUUUGCAUUAUUCAGAUAUCCAAAAUGUAUCUUUUGAUGUUUUUAAUUCAUCUAAUAGUUAUUUUCUUAUUGUUUAUUGCAAAUUAAACUUUGUUUUAAUUAAAUGUGAUCAUUACUUAUUGCGUUA